UGCAGGUGGGCUACUCAUUGCCAUCUCAAGAGGGCAUCAUGCAUGAUCUUCAUCUUUCUAUAGCUGAGUAUUCCGUCUUUGGCUCAAUAUUAACCAUUGGAGCAAUGCUGGGCGCUAUUUUCAGUGGUACCAUAGCAGACAGAGUUGGUCGAAAAUGCGCAAUGGCAAUAUCAGAUGUGUUCUGCAUUGCUGGAUAUCUCUUUAUAGUCUUUUCUAAGAAUUUUUUGUGGCUUGACCUUGGAAGGCUCUCAAUUGGAUGCGGAAUUGGCCUGUUUUCAUAUGUGGUCCCAGUCUAUAUAUCAGAGGUAACUCCCAAGAAUCUUAGAGGACGUUUUGCAGCUGUAAACCAGCUGAUGAUAUGUUGUGGGGCGUCCCUUGCCUAUGCUCUGGGGACUUUUAUCACCUGGCGUACCUUGGCAAUCAUCGGAGUGACACCAUGUUUACUGCAACUUGUUGGCCUUCUUGUGAUUCCUGAAUCUCCCAGAUGGCUGGCUAAGAUCGGACAUCCCGGUGCACUCGAGGAAGCAUUACAGAAGCUAAGGGGAAAAGAAACUGAUAUCUCUGAAGAGGCAGAAGAAAUCAAAGAUUUCACAGAAAAGAUUCAGCACCUCCCACAGUCAAAGAUAUGGGACCUGUUUCAGAAGGAUUACAUUCAUGCUGUCACUGUCGGUGUUGGGCUAAUGGUCCUUCAACAGUUUGGGGGAGUGAAUGCAAUCUGCUUCUAUGCCAGUGAGAUAUUUGUUUCAGCUGGUUUCGCAUCAGGGAACAUGGGGAUGCUCGCUAUGGUUGCGGUUCAGGUUCCGAUGACGACACUUGGAGUGCUUCUUUUGGACAAGGCUGGAAGGAGGCCACUUCUAAUGGUCUCUGCAGCUGGGACAUGCCUCGGUUGCCUACUAGUUGGCGUGUCAUUCUUAUCUAAGGAACAUCAUUGGGCUAAGGACCUGAACGUGGUACUUGCUUUGGCAGGAAUUCUGGUCUUCACUGGAUCUUUCUCGCUUGGUAUGGGUGGAAUACCAUGGGUUAUAAUGUCAGAGAUAUUUCCUAUACACAUGAAAGGAACAGCAGGGAGCCUCGUGACCUUAGUGAGCUGGCUCGGCUCGUGGAUCGUCUCAUAUGCCUUCAACUUCCUCCUGCUGUGGAGCUCCUACGGCACAUUUUUCAUGUUCGCGAGCAUCUGCGGGCUGACCGUUUUAUUUGUGGCGCGGCUGGUGCCGGAGACUAAAGGGAGGACCCUGGAAGAGAUCCAAGCGUCCAUGAACUCAUCAUUGGCGCCAGUUUCUUCUGGAAUUAACCGAAUUGUAUAGACUAAAACAUAUGGCUCUAGUUCCCUUUCCAGGUUGCAUUUCAUUUCGAAUCUUUGUUAAUUUGAGAAGUGCCUACCUGGGAUACUGUAAUAUUGGUUGUACAAGUAGCACAAAUAGUGCAUAUGCAUUGAUACAAGGAAGCUCAUGUAAUAUAGCUUGUUGUUUUCA